AUGUCUCUCAUUAGGAUCGAGUUAGUGUGCAGCACUAAUCAAAGGGGUGAGGAGCUCACCAGUCACGGUAUAAGUGAGGUGGAUGUUCAUAACGGCUGUCCCUCAGUGGGGAACAAUGAGACUCACAUUCUGCCAGUGGAAAGCCACAAACCAGGCGAGAUGGAGUCCAUAGCCAACCUCAAAGAGCGACUGCAACUUGCAGAAUUAAGCUGUUCAAGGCUUAAAGAGGCUCAAGAGCUGUACCAAAAGUACAGACUUCGUUGGUUAGAGGAAAGCUAUCGUGCAAGGGUGUUAGAAGGAUACGCACCACACGGGAUCAAUACUUACUCUCCCCGUCAGAUCACAUGGGACGCUCCUUCUCCCAUUCAAAGCGAUGACGAUGACAAAGUUGAACUAUAUACUACUAUUGAGGCGGAGCUUUCUGAGUAUGAAAGGGCGUCUUAUCAACCAAUCAACUACAAGGAGAAAAGGGGAAAGGGUUCAUAG